UGGCCUGGAUAGCGAGGGUGUAAAGAUAGCGCAGCCUAUUGCCCAGGGGUGUACAGGCCAGCGAUCUUCAACAACUCCCCAGCACCAUGCACUUAGCACAUUUUGAGCGCCAUUCCAAAGGCAGAGCUAAAAUGGUCCCAAUAAUGGCUCAUCCCGCAUGACUAGUACUAGUAGUGGUAGUAGUUGAAACCUCUGAAGAUUCACAUGCUCACUACAACGAGCAUAGUGCGGGUAGCAACUGGAAAAGUGAGGCGAACAUCGCCCGUCGUGUUCACGCCAGGAAGUGCGAAGUAUGUAAGUACGAGCGGAGUAGCGCUCUGGCGAGGAAAACAUUCGUUCACGACAAGGCCGCUCACUUCGUUCUGUGCCGACGAACCGGCAGGACUCGCUUGAAACGGAAGCAAUUUGUCACUGCUCGGUGUACUGGAUGCAUGUUUCAGGGCUCAGUUUCACCCGCAGCUGACAACUAACCGUUACUUGCAGCGUUGGAGCGGAUGAACCAGAGCCUGUUCAGCUGCGUUUAUAGCAGCUCGUUGACAGAGAAACUACUCGCUAGCAGAGCGACGUCGCCACAUCUCCACUCGCUGGGUCACACCGAGGUGUUACUGACAGCCCCCGGGACGUGUGGACUGAAUAUUAGCAGGCGAGAGAAGUUUUUUGCUCUCUCUUUUCGACGUUGAGUGAACCGAGGGCGACUGCAGGAGAUCUUCCUCCGUCAGUUUUGCUUGUUGACCGGUCGAUAUCAGCUGUAACGCGUAUUGAGCUGUCGGCAGUUCGUCAAGCUCUUUCCACGCACCUUUUGAAAGGUAGUGACUGAACAGCUGACAAUCCCGUGGGUGGUCAAGAGAACUCUCUCUCGAUCUCUCUCUGUCCUGCAACCCGACAGAGGGUUAUCAAUUAUUGGGGCUGAGUUAGUUUCGCUGUUGACGCAGCUAAUAGUAAUACAUGUAACCCAGCCACACGGCACUAGGCACUAGGGUAGUGAUAUUGAUAGGCCGCAGAUUUAGUUGAGGCAACGCCUCCAGCAACACGGUGCGGCCAUUUUGCAGUUUCAACUCGGCCGCAUUUGUCAACCUGCAGCCGCAACAACAGGCAGGGCACUCGUUUUGAGGCCUUCCGCUGGAACGGCGUUGCGGAAGGCGUCGCAGAAGCUGACAUCGUGGGCAACGCUGAGCCGUUGCGUAGGUUCGCAGCUUUGGGCCCAGCAGUUCUGAAAGGUGUGCGGUGUGGCCACAGCACCCUCGAUCUGACUCAGCUUUGCUUGCAACCCCAUACCGCCGACCCUACACUAGGCUACAGCACAGUGUGAUACACGUGGAGUGAGCCCGCAGCAGCAGUUCUGCUAGGUGAGAGUACCAAGUCCAAGGUUGCUGUACUGAACGCGUGGCUAGGCCUUGUGUUAGGAUCCUAGUGUCGACUGAGAUCACAUCAGCAGAGUACGGCUCGCGGGACAAAGACUCGUGACCCAGUUCUGUGCACUCGUUCAGCUCGAUCCGAUUGUCCUGCCGCUUGCGACGCAAAUCAGGCAAAAAUCGCUGAACUAGUUUGAGAAACAUCAUCCCGGCCCCUUCGCUGGAAUUAUACUUUAUAAUUUAGUUUUGUCCUGUCCACGGGCACCAGUACGUUUAGGGUGCUGGCGUAGGGUACGGGUUGUUUGUGCAACCCCUGCCAUCGCAGGAAAGGACAUGGGAACCAGAAGAACGCGGAUACGACCGACAGCCAGGGUCAGUGCUGCUGCUGCUGCUGGCGAUGGUGGAGUAGCGGCGAUGGAAAUAUGUGCGCACAGAGUACUGGUCUGGUGUCUCUUGGCAGCGGUAAUCUUUGAAGCGGUGGACGCUAGGAAAGCUGAGACUGUGUUUUAUCAACUGGGUGACGAGUUUCGCACGGUCCUGGAAUGCCCGCUAGUCGAGACGAGAGAGGAAAACAGUAACAGUACGAUCGUAUGGAAAUUGGGUUCGUCCGUCAUCGCUGAUGAACCAGCGGGAGGCUCAGGCGUUACGAAACUGCUCGAAAAUGGUUCCUUGCAAGUCCACCACGCGAGCGGAAUGGAUGCCACAGAGCAGCAGGUUUGGCACUAUCGAUGCGAUCUCUUGUCAGCGGAUGGCAGCGUUCUCGCCAAAAGCCACAAGUUUGACGUGGUGGCUCUAGCACUACCGCCUCGACCGGGGUCCAUCGACAUAGACGAGCUCAAGUCGACCAGCGCGGUGGUGCAGUGGUACCUGGAGCAGUCUUGUACCGAGCUCAAGUACGCACGCUGCACAGGGGUCACUAUCAGCGUGUACCGCGAGACCAGCAGCAACCUUGUCCACAGGUUCAACGCGUCCAUGGAGAGCCACGGGCGGGUGGGCAGCAUCGUCAUAUCCAACCUCACCAAGGACACCAACUACAUUGUCAGCAUCCGCUCGUACUCCACCCUCGUGCCGGCGCUGGUCGGGCGCGAGACCGUGGCGAAGUUCCGCACUCUCAAGCACGACCUGAUUCUGCUCUACCCGAAGCGGCUGAGCACGCACAUCACUAGUCUGACGGAGAUGCUAGUGAGCUGGCAGCCGGUGACGUCGCCGGCCGUAGAGCUAACCGGCUACAUUGUCAAGUACAGCAUCGAGGGCGCCAGUACCAAAAUAUCGUUGCUCGUGCCGGCCAGUCGCAGCUCCGUUCUUCUGAAGAGCCUUGAGGCGGGCAACACGUAUAGCAUUGACGUGCAUAGCUACGUGGACCUGCCCGGCUUCGGCAUCCUGGACAGCCUCAACGCCAAUGUCCAGCGCCGCCUGCCGCUGUUCAUCGGCCAGGUGCGGGCGCUCAACUCUACGGCGAUCAUGGCCAACUGGACGCUGCUGCCGCACGCGCUGCGAUCGAUGCGCAUCGUGAUCUCGCACGGCGUGGGAACCGAGCGCGAGUACCACAACAGGAAUCCCACCGAGCAACGCUCCAAGCUGCUGGCCGACCUCAUACCCGGUACGCGGUACACCGUGCGGCUGAUCGGCAAGACAAGCGGAGUUCUCAAGGACAAGGAGAAGGUCACCAUCAAACUGCCGCCGCGGCCCAAGCAGCUCCGGGACGAGCAUUUUAUCGUGAAGACGAGUGCGGCCGAGCGCAGCAUUACGGUGGACUUUCGCCUGCCGGCCGGUGACAGCGGCACUGGAGCGCUGGAGGAGAUUCGGCUGAGGUUCAGUCGCGACCAGUUUGACGUGGACGGCGAGCCACCGUUCAAGGGCGACUGGCACUCGUACAACCCUCGUAGCGGUGGCACGGCCAUUCUGGACGACGCCGUGGUGGGCGACAUCUACCAGAUGCACUGCAAGGGUAGGUACGCAAUGAGCGGCUGGAGCAACGUGUUCGAGCAGAACAUCCAGAUACAUUACCCGGUGCCGCCAAUCACCGGCAACGUACGCGUGAUACCCGUGUCCAGUUCCUCCGUCAACGUCACCUGGAAGAGAUUGCCGAUGCGAACGAAUGUGGAGGGCUACAACGUGUCAUUCCGCUUGGCCGACGAGACCGCCUGGGAGUACAUCUACGAGGAGAUCCCGCCCUCGCAGAACCUCACGACGAUCUCGAACCUGCUCGACGGCGCCGAGUAUCAGUUCCGCGUGCAGGCGUUUGCGCAGAACGCACCAAGCGCUCCCAAGAUGGCACGAGGCCGCGGCGUGCUGCUCCGCAAGUCGCUCGUGCCACGGCCGCUCCGCGUGCAAGCCACGUCGACGAACGACGGAGUGCUCGUCUCGUGGAGAACGUCGCCGGGCAAGCAGGGCCUGACGCGCACCUCGUUCAACAUCGAUUACCGCCCGGCGCUGUACAACACCACGUGGAAAACGCUGUCUCUACCGCACAACAGCACCCGAUUCCUGAUCCAGCCACAGCGCUUCGAGAGUUUCCACGCCGGCACGCCGUAUCGCAUGCGCAUGCGCGCCGAGUACGCUAACAAGCACCGGUACCGCUCCAGCUCCAACGCCACGGACGAGCAGAUCGUAAUGGCGGCCGGUAAGGACUGUUGCACGGUGGCACUGCCGGACCAGGAACACGCCGACAUCGGGACGGUGCGACAGCUGCGGGUGGACUUCAACUCGCUGAAGGAGGGCAAGCGCGACAUCAUCGUCAGGUGGUACCCGCCGGUGCGUCGCAACUCUGCGCGGGACAUCAUGGGCUACAAGGUGUAUCACAAGUACACUAGGCUGGGCAAGCCGGUGUCAUCAGAACAGUUUACCUACCUGACGGCCAACUAUCCGCUCCGAGAGCUGCACAUUCCGCGUCCGACCGGCAACCUGGAGGCGAUGAUCCUGACGGUGCGCGUCAACGCCUACAAUCAGGACGGCGACGGGACGCUGAGCGACGCCGUGUUUGCCGCUCUGCCCAGCGUCCAGGGCAGCAAACGCUCUACGACGGUGUUCACACGGCGCGGCGUGACGUCGCCUCCCGCGGCCGCCACUGCCGAGGAGGUCAGCGACGGAGAGCGCAACUCACUGACCGUGCCGCUCCUGAUCAGCGCCGGUCUGUCGAUAGUGCUGAUCUGCGUGACCGUGGCCGGGGUGGUCGUGAUGGUUCGUAAGUCCAACGGUGCUGCCAAGCCAGGCAGAACUGCUCACAAACAGCCACCGCCACCAGCAGCACAGGGCAAGCAGCCGCCGGUAGGGGUAGUGGUGGUUGCGGGGGCGGCAACGAAUGGUCGAGCCAACGGUUCCAUUGCGUCGCGUAUCAGGGACGAAUUGGCUCUUCCCACGCCGCUCGCAACUACCAUCAACGGUUCUGUGGAUAUGAUUAGUAGUACGCUGACGCCAGCAGCUGUUCGUGAUCCGUCCGAUCGCAAUGGACACCGCUUGUAUGAUUCCGCGGAGACAACAGCGCCAGAGCACCCAGCUGUCUUCGACUCGACACACCAACACCAAACUCUACCAUACAGCGGUCGUGCAAUGUCGCAGCAUCACAGUGCCGUACAGGCUUCGACCGAUACGACGCUGGAUCGUAACCUCGGUCCCAGCUGUUCGUCCCGAUCCGCCACACCAGAUACACGGCUGUCAACGCAUGCUCCAGGUUCCGCUGACUUUAAUCAAACGGGCAACGGCGUGCCGCCACAAGUUGCGGAUAGCACGGGCGAUCCGCACAACAACCAAGUAGCUUCAGGUCUGCGUGUUGUCAGCAUGUACGAUGAUAGAACGCCCACAUCGGAGCAGUCCCUGAGCGACUUGGAGUCGGCCAUUGUCAAGCGAGCCGACUCGCACUCAUUCCCGAUGGUCAACGGUGGUGGUCUGGAACAUCCGCAUCAUCAUCAUGCUUCACACGGCGAGCUACACCAGCGUAGCGACAUUCACAUCACGGACGCUCACCUGCAACAUCUCGUUGCCUUCCCGUCGGCCAGUAUCAGCGACUUCAGUGGCCUCACCGGCGGCGAUCUCUCCCAGGAGCCUACACCGCUGAAGCAUACGGCGCGGCCUGAGCAAGCUGCCGACCCCGAUGCACAGCAGCAUGCGGACACGACGUCCGUGGAGGGUGCCGCUGGCCAAACAUCCUCGCCAGAUGAUUAUGGUGCUGCUGAAAGUCACGAUCCCAACGUACCCACGGCGGGCUGUGCCAGCCUCCCAGAUGAGGGCAUUGGCCUCACGCUGGAUCGUGCUGGCAUUGCAAACCGACCCACCAGCAUCAGGUACACACCACGACCUCAAUCCGUCGCCAGCAUACGCGAUAUUCCCGUUGAAACGGGAGAAGUCUGUUGUUAAACCUUCACAUCAGUUCGAUUACUGCAUUAGCCGGGAAUUUAGAAAGUGAACCAGUUUUUAGCUGGUGUAGGAUUCCUUUCCCUACGUUUGUUAGCUUUUCAUCCGUAGAGGAUGUAGAAAUUUAGGUCUGUUCUUUAGCUUUUCAUCCGUAGCGGAUGUGGAACUUCAGGGUUUAGCCUUUGCUGACUAGCGCUUGUGCGGUUAAAAUCAUUGAACUGAUCGUCACUGCUUCUCGGAGCCUUGAGUUCCUCUCUUUCACUCUCUGUUGGCUUGAUAAUUCGCACCAUCAGACAUCUACGUACGUAUGCAUCUUAUCUAUUUUCGUUCCCUACGGCCUUCUUUUGCUCUCAGGCCAUUGAUACUAAUGAUAUUUUUGAUAUAAUUCAAAGCUAACCACUAAAAGUUUCUUGAUCGAAAUAAUUGCUAACAUGAUCCUAAAAUAAUGCCAUGUUUCAAACUGAA